AUGGGAAAAGAGGCGAAGGAGCAGCCGAAGCUGUCCGAGCUCUAUGAAAAGUUGACUGCCGAGCAGCAAACCAGCUUGUCGAAGGCUGUGACGGAGAAGCUGCAGACCAUGAUCGGCGGCUAUGGUGAGCUUGGGGUUCUGGUGGAGUACAUCUCGGUGAUGCUGCAGUCCAGCAGGCCCCCAGAGGCGAUCCAAACCGAACUCGAAGCUUUCCUCCAAGAUCAGAGCGGCCCUUUCACUCAGUGGCUCUGCGAGAAGCUUCAGAAGGUGGUGAACGAAGGCGGAAAGCGGCGUCGCCGCGAGAAGCGCGCAGAGGAUGGCAAGGACGCUAAGCCAAAGGAUGCCAAGGAUGCCGAGAAGAAGGCCAAGAAGGAGAAGAAAGCCGCUGCCCAAGCUGCGGCCCAAGCUGCAGCCCAAGCAGCCCAGACGGCAGCGACGCCGACCACAGUGGCUGCCAGGAGUCGCUCACGCAAGCGACGACGGCGGGCUGCCACAGCCAGCACCCCAGUAACAGUCACGACGGUGCCAAACCAGGCGGAUCGCAAAGCCAAGUUGACUCCCAACGUGGACUACAUGCAUGAGGGACGGCCUCAAAAGAGCGAUGGCCGGGAAGCUCCUGCUGGAAGCGACACUCGCUGGUCCUUCCGAGCUGACCCCAGUGGGCACCUUCAGCCAAGUCACCACGGUCCCCCCGCUUCGGCGUACUACCAAGCCCCAGGCGCAUACCCUACUCCGCGCCAUCCACAUGCACCCGCUGUAGCCGCCCAGUAUUUCACACCCAAGAAAUGGAAAGUAGCGCGUGGCAACACCGUAGUGCGAAAGAGCGAGAGGCUUGAUAGUGAAGAAGUGCAGAAGUUGCAGGAGGGCGAGAUUGUUGAGCAGGUCGCACCAGCCAUCACCACGGAGAACGGCAUCGUUCGCAUACAGAUCCGACAUCCGUCAUCCCCGCUCUUCCCAAAGCCCAUCGGUUGGGUCACCCAGGAUGCCAGUGCAGCUGGAGGCCCCAAGUUCCUGGAGCCUGGCCCGGAGCCCAUGCAGCGUACUCCACAGAACCCCGGAAGUCAUCCGGGCGGCGGAUGGCGGCCUGACUCUUCUCCCUGGGGGGGAGCCGGCCCUCCAAGCUGGCGCCCGAGACCAGGACCUGGAGUGCCUCCGCCACGACCCGUGGCCUAUGGCAAGGGCUUCCAGAACCUCACCUGGACCCCCAGCUGA